AUGAUUGUUCUGACAAUACAGCUUCGCUACCCCGCCCUGGAGUCUCUCGGUGACAAGAGCAAGGGCACCGAGACCGAGAAGAGCACCCAGCACUCGGUGUACUACCACGCUCUUGGGACCGAUCCCUCCACCGAUCGGCUAAUCGUCUCGGACCCGGAGCACCCGGACUACAACCACAACGCCCAGGUGUCCGAUGAUGGCAAGUACUGCAUUAUCUCCGUGUCCGAGAGCACCGAUCCGGUGAACAUGCUCUACGUCCUUCCCCUGGAGGGACAGUCCCUGCCGGCCGGCGAGCUCCCUGAGCUCAUCAAGCUUGCCACCAACUUCGACUCCAAGUACGAGUACAUCACCAACGAGGGGCCGAUCUUCUACUUCCUCACCAACAAGGACAAUGCCCUCAAUGGCAAGGUGGUCUCCAUUGAUAUCCGUGAUGGCACCGUCGACAAGUCCAAGGAUGUGGUCCCCGAGAACCCGACCGACCCGCUGGAGUCCUACACCUGCGUCGAUGGCAACAAGCUGAUUCUCGGCUACCUGCACAAUGUGUCGAGCGCCCUGCGCAUCCAUGACCUGACCAGCGGCAAGCUCAUCAAGGAGCUGGACAUCCCCAUCUGCUCGGUGGGCUCCCUCUUCGGCCGCAAGCAGAUGAAGGAAUUCUACUACCGCAUGACGAGCUUCACCCUGGCCAGCCGCAUCGUCAAGUACUCCUUCGAGAAUGACAGCGAGGAGAUUUUCCGCGAUGCCAAGCUCACCAACUUCAACCCCGACCUCUUCAAGGUCGAGCAGAAGUUCUUCACCAGCAAGGACGGCACCCAGGUCCCCAUGUUCCUGGUCCACCGCAAGGACCUGAAGCUGGAUGGCACCAACCCGGUCUUCCUGUACGGCUACGGUGGCUUCAACAUCCCCCUGGGCCCGAGCUUCAGUGUGUCGCGCAUCAUUUUCGCCGACAACUUCCGUGGCGUCUACGCCCUGGCCAACCUCCGCGGUGGCGGUGAGUUUGGCGAGAAGUGGCACAAGGCCGGCCAGCGUGAGAACAAGCAGAACGUCUUCGACGACUUCCACGCGGCGGCCGAGUUCCUCAUCAAGGAGAAGUACACCAAGGACCAGGAUAUCUAA